ACGUGCUAUUUCACAAUGCUAAAGCCUUCGCCUUUUUGUAAUUUGCAGAGCUGGGAAAAGACUGUAGAUUGUUACAGCCCAGGACAAGGAUUGAUGCCUGCUAGUUUUAAGGUCAGAAAUGCAACUUUGGAUGGAAGCAAUGGAUCAUCUGAGGAGGUCCUGGAUCCUGAUUUUGGUGAAUCGGCCAUUGGACGAGUUGCCCCAGUUGAUUCUGGAUUAUGGUGGAUCAUAUUGCUGAGAGCUUAUGGGAAGAUUACUGGGGAUUAUGCAUUACAAGAGAGAGUAGAUGUACAAACGGGAAUCAGGCUCAUCUUGAAUUUAUGUUUAUCAGAUGGGUUUGAUAUGUUCCCUACUUUGCUAGUGACUGAUGGCUCUUGCAUGAUAGACCGCAGGAUGGGCAUCCAUGGGCAUCCUCUUGAGAUUCAAGCCUUAUUCUACUCAGCUCUGAGGUGUUCCCGUGAGAUGAUCACUGUCAAUGAUGGAUCGAAGAACCUGAUACGUGCUAUUAAUAACAGGCUGAGUGCACUAUCUUUCCACGUGAGGGAGUAUUAUUGGGUGGAUAUGAGAAAAAUCAAUGAAAUAUACCGCUAUAAAACUGAAGAAUACUCUCAUGAUGCUACUAACAAGUUCAACAUUUAUCCUGAACAAAUUCCUUCGUGGCUAGUAGACUGGAUGCCUGAACAAGGAGGUUAUCUCAUUGGUAAUCUUCAGCCUGCUCACAUGGAUUUCAGGUUCUUCUCGCUAGGGAAUCUUUGGGCCAUUGUUUCAUCUUUGACCACCCCAAAACAAGCUGAGGGUAUCCUAAAUCUUAUUGAGGAGAAGUGGGAUGAUCUUGUGGGCAAUAUGCCUCUCAAGAUUUGCUACCCAGCUUUAGAGUACGAGGAAUGGAGGAUAAUCACUGGCAGCGAUCCCAAGAAUACUCCUUGGUCAUACCAUAAUGGCGGAUCUUGGCCUACUCUCCUAUGGCAGUUCACAUUAGCCUGCAUCAAAAUGGGAAGGCCUGAGCUUGCUCAAAAAGCCAUAGAGGUGGCUGAGAAGAGACUCUCUAAUGACAAAUGGCCGGAAUACUAUGACACGAAAACUGGAAGAUUCAUCGGUAAACAAUCCCGUCUCUAUCAAACUUGGACUAUUGCUGGAUACCUCACCUCUAAAAUGCUCCUUGAGAAUCCUGAAUUGGCCUCUAUUCUCACUUGUGAUGAAGACCUCGAGCUUCUAGAAGGCUGUGCUUGUAGCCGAAACAAGUCUGCCCGAAAAAAGUGCUCUCGCUCUGCUGCCAAGUCCCAAGUCCUUGUCUAAGUAUACUACUAGUAAUUCUUAUACAUUCAUACUGUACAGAGGAAGGAAGAAUAAAACCUAAACCCGGAGAUUGGUUUAUGAAUAGAUUUCAUUAUUUAACCUAUUUCUAGCCCACAAUAGAUGCUCAUUAUUUUAGUUGGGCUCUAUGUGGUGGCUAACUUAGAGAUUGGGAACAUUAGAAGGCUCCAUCGUGUAGGUUUUGGGCUGUAUGUUUUUUUGACACGGCCCAUGAUUCGCGUUACUGCUAACGUUUGUACUGGGUUUGGGUUUAAGUCUGUAGUCUAUAUGAUACAUUGUUGUAUGUAUGUAAAUUAAAGGAUUCAAACACACACUUGAUUCAUAAUGUCAUUGUUGGAUUCUGAUCUUAUAUGGAGAUAGAUAUAUGAAAGUAAUAUCGGAUAUGAA